AUGUUGACUGUUCUCUCCCGUGCAGGCCGCAGAGCCCUCGUGGCGCCAGUCGCCCGAUCAUGCCACCGCGCCAUCACCACCUCCUCCCUCGUCGGCCUGACCCCCGAACAACUUGACAGCCUCAACGAGGAGGCGGCACUUAGCCAAAUCUCAGAAGACCCGCGGCAGGCACAUCUCCGCCAGCUGCAGGAUGGCAAGGCUAUCCGCAAGGCGUACGACGGGUUCCGCCGCGUGCAGAAGGCGACGGCACACCUCGGCUCCGUCGUCGAGCGCGCUUACGUGCCGUCGUCCCUCAUCGAAAAUCCGCCCGCGGCCAAGGACAUCACGCUCGAGCUGCUGAUGGCGUCGCAGACGCACAUGGGUCAUCACACGUCGUUGUGGAACCCGGCGAACGCGCGGUACAUAUACGGUGUCAGGCAGGGCAUCCACAUCAUCUCCCUUGAGACGACGGCCGCGCACCUGCGUCGCGCCGCAAGGGUCGUCGAGGAGGUGGCGUACCGUGGCGGCCUGAUUCUGUUCGUUGGCACGAGGAAGGGCCAGAUGGAGAUUGUCACCAAGGCGGCCAGUCUCGCGGGCGGAUGCCACCUCUUCACCAAGUGGACCCCGGGCAACAUCACGAACCGCGAUGUGAUCAACCGCGGCAAGGAGGUCAAGGUUGUCGACCACAAGGACGUGAAGCUGGGCGGGUUCGAGAGACUGGAGAGGACUGGCCGGCCGCUGGUGCCGGAUCUGGUGGUGUGCCUGAACCCGCGUGAGAACUACACCAUGCUGUACGAGUGCGGCCUGGCGAACGUGCCGACGAUCGGCAUCAUUGACUCGGACGCAAACCCGGACUGGGUCACUUACACGAUUCCGGCCAACGACGACAGCUACCGAUCCGUUGCCGUCGUCGCUGGCGUGCUCGGACGUGCGGGCGAGCAGGGCCAGAAGCGGCGCCUCAGGGACGCGGAGAGCGGCACGGUCGCGUGGCAGACUCCCGCCGAGACGGCGCGGUACAUGCGGGCCGAGCUGACCCGAUACAUGCGGGAGGCCGAUCAGUGGGUGAAGGAUCACGGGGGCGAGGCAGGCCAGCGCGGAGGCGAACAUCAGCUACUGGAGGUGUUGCAGGUAAAGCGGGCUAAGGCUAUCGACGGCGAGUAGCUUCGAUAGGGGAGACGGGGGAUGAAAUGAGUGUGGUGUGUGUGGUGUUGCGGUGAUGGAGGCGAACGGAUGUCUUCGUCUCGGGAAAAAAGGCACAUCAGAAAAUCGGGAGAUGGGGUGAGAGGCACCCUCUCUGUACUAUAUACACCGUUGUAUGAACAUGUACCAGUAUUAUAGAAUUUGCACCUUGCUGUCGGCGGGUGUUUGUCACUACUUUGGGGAAGGUUUUCUUUCUGAGGAGUAGAAGCAAUUGCUCCCACGCCGAAAUGAAGAACGUAGACGAUGGAUAAAUGACAGACGGCCUCGUGGUCGCUCU